GUUCUUGCUCGCCCCUCUCUCUCUCGUCCUCUGCAGGGCACUUAGCCGCAUUAGCUCCCUCACUGUCCUCAGAUGACUCCUCCUCUUCCUCCCUCCUCCUCCUCCUCACUGUCUGCUGUGUCUCCCCCUCCUCCCCCUCCUCCCCCCUCCAGUGACACACCAGACGAUGCGUUGACUGAGCGGAGGAGAAGAAGAAGAGGCAGAAGAAGAAGAAGAAAACCUCUCCCAGCUGCUGCAUGGAGGAGCUGGCUCUCGGAUCUGAGUUGACCCCCAUCAGGACCAUCUAGUCCCUGCACCACCUCACUCUGACCUCCACAACAACAGUAUGUACCUCAGAUGUUGUUGUAUCUGCAGCCUCCCUGACACCUAAGCUCCACCCCUCCGUCAGUCUGUCUGACUGUUAAGGACCGCCUCCUUCCAGCCUCCGUCUCUCUUGAGCCCCCGGUGGCUUCCUGUGGCGUCGCGCUCCUCCCGCCUCCAUCAUGUCCGACGGGCUGCUGCAGGUUGAGAUCCCAGACUUCGGCAGCAGCGUGCUGGGCAGCCUGAACGAGCAGCGGCUGCUGGGCCACUACUGCGACGUGUCCAUCCUGGUGCAGGGUCAGGCCUUCAAGGCGCACAGGGCUGUCCUCGCCGCCUCCUCCCUGUACUUCAGAGACCUGUUCAGCUCUGCAACUGACUCCUCCUCCUCCUCCUCCUCCUCCUCCCAGGCGGUGUUUGAGCUGCCGUCUUCUGUAACGCCGACAUGUUUCCAGCAGAUUCUGUCGUUCUGCUACACAGGACGCCUCAGCAUGGCCGCCAGCGAGCAGCUGGUGCUCAUGUACACUGCCGGGUACCUGCAGAUCCAGAACAUUGUGGAGCGAGGCAUGGAGCUGAUGAUGAUGAAGGCCUCCUCCUCCUCCUCCCCUCUCUGCUGCGAUUCACAGACGACAUCAGCAGACGAGCUCGGAAGCUUUGACAACCCGGUGGUCCAGCAGCGGCACAGCGCCCCCCAGCUGCAGGAGGCCAGUCCAGACCAGCCGGCCCUGAGUCCUGAGGAUCUGUUGUUAGCCGUGAGCAGGAUAAAACAGGAGAGAGCCGACACUCCUCCUGCUGAGGAGAACGCAGGAGCAGCGGCAGGAGGAGGAGAGGAAACUAGAGUGGACAUUGCCACGGACCUCCAGACCUCCAGGAACAGUGCUCUGUGUUACCUGGGUGCCAGUGGAGCUUUGGUUCCAGGGCUGCAGUCCUACCUGCUGGCUGGUGGGGGGCGCUCCAGUCCAGAAGGGUCCAGUCUUCCCACAGACUCUCCUCCCUCUCACCCCCCCACUGAGGAGGAGCUGGAGGAGGAUUACUACGGCAACACGGUCCAUCCUGGACUCUACCAACACCUCUACGGGCACCCUGCAAACGCCUACAUCCAAGAGAAGCUGGAUAUGCUGCCUCUCCCAUUGGCUAACGAGCGUCGACCCUGUGUGCUGGUUGGUCGUGACAACAUGGCUCUACCUGCCAGUCUGAUCAGUCAGAUUGGGUAUCGCUGCCAUCCGUCACUGUACACUGAGGGCGACCCGGGGGAGAAGGUGGAGCUGGUGGCAGGUUCAGGUGUGUUCAUGACUCGAGGUCAGCUGAUGAACUGUCACCUGUGUGCUGGAGUCAAACACAAGGUGCUGCUCAGGAGACUGCUGGCUACGUUCUUCGACAGAAACACACUGGCCAAUAGCUGUGGUACAGGGAUCCGCUCCUCCACCAAUGAUCCGAGCCGAAAGCCCCUGGACAACCGAGUGUUAAACACUGUGAAACUCUACUGUCAGAACUUUGCUCCCAACUUUAAGGAGAGUGAGAUGAACGUCAUUGCGGCCGACAUGUGCACCAACGCUCGCAGAGUGCGGAAACGUUGGCUCCCAAAGAUCCAGUCGCUCCUCCCGGACGGCCUCCCGGCCUCUGGCUCCUGCCAUCCCCGCAAAGCUAAGCGUGGGGGAGGAGCAGGAGGAGGCGGAGGUCAGGGUGCAGAGGCCGCGGUGCAGCCCAGCGGCAGCCCCUUUGAGCUGGACCUGCGACAGCUCAGCGCCUCCUACCUCAGCCUGGAGGCUCCGCUGUACGCAGAGAGACGUGGGAGGGAGGCAGCGGGGGAGAAAGAGAGGGAGAAGGAAGUGCCAGCCGCCAUCUUGCCUCACCUGCAGUUCGCCGGGUCGCGUGGGGGCGGGGCAGGCAGUGGACAGGUGGAGGAAGGGCUGAUAGGAGGCGAGGCCGACGGGGGAGGGAGGUUACAGACUGAACCACCUUCACACCUCCCCCUGUCCCUUUCCUCCUGCUCUUCCUCCUCCUCCUCACACCCCUCCCCCCAGCCGGCAGAGCCCGCUCCUUCUCAUAGAGGAUUGGCCGACACAGAAGAGAGGGGGGCGGAGCCUCUGGAAGACAGCCAAUAAGCUUUCUAUUGCAUCUGCCUACCUGUAUGUAAAUAAUACAAUAGCUACCUGUUCCCCCACCUGUCUGUCUCCUCCCCUACCUCACUACCUGUCUACCUCUCUACCCCCUGUCUGUCUGUCCGUCUGACCUACCUGUCUGUCUGCUCGGCUCUGCUGCAUGUUAACAGCCUCCUGCAGUCCAGCACAGGCCCAUAGCAACAGGACUGAUGAUGAAGAAGAUGAUGGUGGUGAUGUGAUGAUGAUGAUGAUGAUGAUGAUGAAUUAUAUUCACUCUAUGAUAAUAAAGCUCCUUGAUAAUCAGA